UAAAAGGGAUGACGACCAUCUUGGACCAUUUUUCACGGGUUGUUGACACGGGCAGAUCGCACAGCCGGUUGUGAAAGUGUUUUCGCGAUGUAAAAUCGUAUCGUAAUUAAAUCGGGAAUAAGUAGUGGUUGUUUAGAAACUGGAAUCGUAAGCGAUACCGGUUCACGCGUUUUAAAUUAUCGCGUGAGGAUCGUUAGACAUGUAAGGGUAAAAAAAAUUCGUUUGUAACGAGCGUCUGUCACGAAUGUAAGGGAGCUUGACAGAGACGAAUGUAUAGUCUUAUCGUAUUUACUCGGAAUUUUCUACAGAAAUUAUUUUGUUCGGUAAUGUUCUUCCGUGCGAUAAGGAAUCGACUUAUCGAAGUGAAGAAGAUAUAAGAUCGUUGGGGAUACGUCUUUACAAAGAAAAAUGGUUUCGUGCACAUGGUGACACUUCUGAGACAUUACUAAUAGCAAUGAUAAUUUAAUCAAUGAAAUUGUUGCGUUAUGAAUGUGCCAUGUUGUGGAUACAUUGUGUUGCGUGUAAAAGCCAUGCACCUUGUGUUUGUGUCUGUUAUCAAAAUGAAUGAAAAAAACAGCAUGUGCAUCACAGGAUCAUAGUGGAUUUAAUAACAAACUAUCCAACAAAAAAUGAUGAACAAAAAGAAUAGACGAAUGACAAUGGGCUGAAAUAUAUCAGACUUUAAAACUCUUACAAUUUUUAUACACGAGAGAUUCCAGGGAAACAAGACAUGGCUACAGUAGAAGAAAAGAAACGAGUUGGUGGCUCAAAAGUGUCAGCUAUCGCGAACAUUUUUCAAUCGAAACCACAACUGGACAAUUUAAACCAUAGAACUAAUAAUAUUUUGUCAGAUGGUUUCAAGGAACCAGCUGUACCUUUAAAAGAGUCUCCCACGCAAGUCACGGUUGUUAGAACUGAAAGCCAUGUGGCUCGUUUCAAUAAUGCACGAGCACUUUUUGAGAAACUUGGAGAAGAAAAUAAACCAAAUAAACCGGUCGAUCGAAUUGCAAAGCCAACCAAUUUACAUGGUUUGAGAUCGCGUUCUAGUUCGGCAAAUUCUGGAUCGGGUUGUACGUCUCCGGCUAGAUCACCGCGUCCGAGAUCUCCUUCGCCUCCAGGAACUAGAGAUCAUUUGAGUAAUUGGAGCGCAAGCGUACCAGCUUUAAAUGCUGAGAGACAUUUUGAAAAUGGUCACAAUCACGGUUUGGAUAAUUUGCCAGACAAACAUAAAUCGCGCGCAGCUUUUGGAAAGUUCGAUAAAAAUUAUGGCAAAGAAAAUCGUUUGGAUGAUCGCCCGGAGAAACCAGAAAAACCGGAAAGGAGAUUAAAUUCAAAAGAGUUGAUUGAAAAGCAGAAAAAUUGGACUAGCCAUUUCUCAAAAACUAGACCGAGUAGAUAUAAUUCAGACCCAAAUAGAUCCGUGGUUCAGAGUUCUUUGAAUCAGAGCGCAAAUAAAGUGAACAUUGAAACUACUUCCGUAGGACACGCACAAAAUGCAACAAGUAUCGAUAACGAAGCGAGAAGGCCAACAGAUAUUUCAAGUAAUCCAGCAACAAGAUCUGCGAGCUUUUGUUCAAUUAGAUCAUCUACUAUAUCACCACCUCCACCUCCACCGCCAACAAGAAAUUCUUCUACUUCGAACGCGAAAAAAGAAAGACCGGCUAGCAUUGCAGCUGUGUCUCCUGUAGAUCUUCCUAGUAGUCCAGAAUAUGCUACUAUAAAUAAAUAUUUUGAUACUUCGCCAAGUAUACCAGAAUAUGCAGUUGUACAAAAAAAUACGAAUGUACAAAAUAAAAAUUUCCAAAGAAACCAAGAACAGCGGGAAGCUUCAAAGAAUAUUGUUGCUCCUACACCAGAGCGAACGCAAGAUGUAUUCGUGCCAGAGUAUGCUGUUGUACAAAAGAACAGCACAGGCAAAGUGCAUUCACGUAAUACGGACAUAUCAAAAAACACAUCUGUUCAACAUUCGAAAAGCUUCAAUAACACGGAAAGUUGUUUGAUCUCCAAAAAUGCCCUUGCAAGCUCAAGUAUUGAUAUUUAUUCGCAAACGAAAUCGCAUGUUUCCUCUUAUGAAAGAAAUUCUGAUACAUCUAGUCCAACGCGGAGUAUGUCGAUCGAGAAUAUUUCUAGUAUUGCGUACGAAAAUAAGGUGAAGAGAGACGGUGAUCUGCUCGAUACUCCCGAGUAUUUAAAUUAUCCCUCGAACGCUGUACGUUCACCCCCGAAAACUUCCGAAUGGAGAAACGAAUGGUUAGCCAAAAACGAUGAAAUUUUGAAGAAAGCAGCGAACCUGAAAAAUUCUAAAGAAGUUUUAGAUGUAGAAACUAAAAAUGAAAUCGUUAGACUCGAUCCAAGACCAGACUGGGCCAGACCAAGCGUAAAUACCGUAAGGAAAAAAGAUAACACGAUGGACGAAAGGAAAAUAGAACCGUCAAGAUCUCCGGAUCCGGAAUUGAGACCACCUUCUGGAGGUACGGAUAGUGCUUCUUCUAGUAUGAGCUCCCCUAGCUCCCCUUCUAAGGAUAGUAAAGAAGAGAAGGCAGAUAAGGAAAUGUCUGAAAAAUUUCAAACGGGACGUAACAGUUAUGAUUUGGAACCCGAAGAGCAAGAAAAGCCUGCAACAUAUGCAGAAUCCAUUCGCGAGAAGGAUGUUUCGGAAAAAAAUUCACGAUUCAAUGAACCAGAUACCACCACAGUUAUUCGACGUUCUCAUGUACGUGUUGAUCUUCAAGCUGCUGGUCUGGGACACCGGCCACCAUCAGUUGUUAGUUCGGAUCAAGAAUAUCCGCCGUUAGAGCAUAAAGAUAUACCGAUACCUUCGCCGUAUGCAAGAAAAAUGCAACAAAAUCAAGAAGUUUCCACGCAAAACAACGAAGGUAAACCUCAAAUGAAAACAAACGUAGAAGAAAAUGUACUGAUAAAAACUGAUUCAACAAUAAGUUGCCAUAAUAAGAUAUCUCAUGACAGUAAUCAUGAUCAUGCAAGAGCGAAUUCAGUGAUCACAGAAGUAAAUCAAAAUGUAGUCUUAGAUAAUAAUAAGUCGAAAUCAAAUAUUACCAAUGAAAGGCAUACAUUUUCCGAAACGGUAUGCCAGAAAACAGUAUCUAACGCCAAAAAUGAUCAAAUCAAGAUUUCCGUGCGGGAAAAGCUCGCAAAAAAUAAAGAAGAGGUAUCUGGGAAACGUUCAAGUUUCGCUGAAGUUGAUAAUAGAGUAGAUCAAACAGACAAAGCCAUUUUAAAUACGAGUCAAUGUUCAACUAUUUCAAAUACUCAUAGUAGCGAGAAUUUGAUAAACAAACCUAUUAAUAACGAAGAAUUAGAUGAAGCGGUACGUCCAGUAAAUGCAUCUGAAUUUCUGUUAAAAAGUGGUAGUCAGAAGGAAUAUAUAACGCUAGCAGGAAAUACGAUACAACCACCCAAUUCCCAAACGGUAAACAAUAUUAUAAAUAGGAGUAUAGAAGAAUCGGAUCAACCUCAAACAACUUGGGAGCAGGAAAAGCAAAAAGCUGAAUUGGCAAAAUUACGAUUACAAGAAAGUACCCCCGUCAUGAAUACCGUUCAAAAAGCUAACGUACCUCAAAACGUGUCACCUGCCGUUAUAGCUCAACAUAUAGAAAUGAAACAAGCGGUUGAACAUGUCACAUCCGAAAAUAGUCUUCACGAUGAUAGCGAUUCUAGCGACACUAAAACUAUUACAAAUUUGGAAUAUGGACCAGGAAUGGAUAUGAAAAAUGUUAACGAACACAUUUCUAAGACUGCAAUGGAAACUUCUAAAACUAACGUUAAUCAAACAGUUCCUAUAACACCAGAUACUAUGACAGCCGACGAGGCAGAAAACCUGCUCAGUUCUCGUAUCCUAGAGAAAAAGAUAAGACAAGGAUCAGUUUUGUUGUCGGAUGAGGAAGCACAAGAAAUAGCAAGGCUAUUGUCGCCUACUGCAAAUGCUGAGACUGUAAACGAAGAAAAUGGUAUUGAUAAAAGUAAAGACAUGGAUAAAGAAAGGGAGAGAGAAGAUCAAGAUAAUACACCAGAUUGGCUGUCCGAUGUUCUGUCUGCUCCUGAUACCAGUCUUAUUAAUAGCACCACUAAUGAUUAUAGUUUGUCCCAUAGAUCACGUAGCGAUUUAACGAUAGACUCGUUAACGGAGAGUCGAGUGGGUUCUGUAACUGGCAGUGAAAGUGGUUUGCUUGGAUCCGUUAGUAGUUUAAACUAUACUCAUGAAACUAACGACGAUACAGAAACUGAACAUCAAGAUGAAUAUAUCCCGCCAAUGCCUGGCAAAGUUGUGCUCGUGGAGAAUGGCGUACAUUAUUUCGAAGACGGUCAUUUUUGGAUGGAAGUCGCCGGAAUACCAGAAUCGGACGAAGAGAAGGACGAUUAUCCGACAAAUUUACCCGAGAAAAAAAUGACUAAAGUUUCAUUUGACACAGGACCAAUGAAAGUUUACUCAACGCAUUCGGUGAACGAGUACGAUCGUCGAAACGAAGACGUGGAUCCUGUUGCCGCAAGUGCAGAAUACGAACUCGAAAAACGAGUGGAAAAGAUGGAGGUUUUCCCAGUGGAACUUAUGAAAGGACCAGAAGGUCUCGGUUUGAGCAUAAUUGGAAUGGGCGUUGGUGCGGAUGCCGGACUUGAAAAAUUGGGUAUAUUCGUCAAAACCAUCACGGAAAAAGGCGCAGCUGCGCGAGAAGGCAGAAUACAAGUGAACGAUCAAAUUGUUGAAGUGGAUGGAAAAUCUUUAGUUGGAGUUACACAAGCGUAUGCAGCCAGCGUUCUUCGUAAUACUUCGGGUCUUGUGCGUUUUGUGAUUGGUAGAGAACGCGAUCCGAACUCAGAGGUAGCCAUGCUAAUUCGCCAGAGUCUUCAAGCAGACAAAGAAAGAGAACAAGCUAAUUCCGCAAGAAAACUUAAUUUUUCGGAUGCCUCGCCUGAUAGUCAACGAGGCGGUGAGGAAGGGUCCGUUGGAAGCAUGAGUGCAAUACCAGGUUCUCCAGCUAUGUCGUCAUGUUCUGAAGGGGAGCCUCCCCAAAGUCCUAUAGAAAAUUACUUGUCUGCUUCUAGUCGGAGUAGAUCUCCUAUUAUCAGUUCAUCGAUGCCACCAUCCGCCACCACACAAAGCGAUGUCGACAGUCUAAGACUACUUUUACAAGAGAGUCAGUAUAAACUAGCAUUAGCAGAUGGAGAGGUGGAAAAGCUCAAAGCUAAGCUUGUAGACUUGGAAACCAGUGGGGCGGGUAGUGAGGAAUAUGCAGCCAAAUUACGCGAAUCUGGUUUACGACUCCAUGAAUCCGAGAGAGCUUUAGGCACUGCUAGACAGGAUUUAGCAAUGGCACGAGAAAUGCUUUCUCAAGCAACAGCACAGAAUGCUGCUUUACAACAGAAAUAUGCACGAGCAAGGAGAGCAGCACGUGAGUUGCGCGCGGAUAUUGCGGCUCGUGAUGAAUUCUAUCAACAGUUGUUGCAAGAGAAAGACACAGAAUACAAUGCUCUUGUUAAAAGUUUAAAGGAUAGGGUAAUCACGUUAGAAGUAGAAUUAACGGAAACGCAGAGAAGGUUUGGAUUACCCGUGAGAUUGCCUUACGAUGGUACAACAGCUAGGAUAGUCACGCCACAGUUAUCGCGUCGUCAGUUACCUCCACCCCCUUCGUCAACUAGCUGUCAGCUUUCAGACACAGAGACAUCGGAUCUUAGUAGCCCCGAUGACGGGGAUAAAACUGCAACAGUGGAGAGAAAAUUACCGCUUCCCUUGCCAGUCAAGGAGGAAUUAGACCGAGCAGUACCUGCUCAUCGACUCCUCGACAAUUCUGCUGGGAAAAGUAAAGCUGAACUUGCUAGCAGAGGAGGACUCGCGAAUCGACAACUUCCUAAACGAUCCGGUGGCCUUAGUAAUAGCAGUUCCGACUAUGGUUUGGACGAAUCCGGUGACAAUACUGACGAAGAUUCGUCUUCGAAACUUCUUUCUCAAGAUACAAGUAGCAGGUCUCCGAACGAUUUGACAUCGAAACAAUCGAACUUGAGUUCCUAUUCCAGUAGUUCUUCGAUUAGUUCACUGAAAAGUAAACAUAUGGAACCUACGCAUCCAACGGCGAUCCGACAACACAGUACUAUUAGCUCUCAAGUUAGAGCUAUGACAGAACAAAGUUGGCCACAGUCACAAAAAAGUUUAACCGGACCACCGGCAUCAUUAGCAGAACAAUUAAAACAAGUUUUGGCGGAAAGAGAAAGACGGCUUGGUGGAAAUGAUAUGUCUUCAUCGAGAGAGAGUUCCGGAGACUUUAGCGACUUAAAUAAUCCACAUAACGAUCCAGCUUUGGUUACCCAUCAUUUAGUUGAAGAAAUACGACAAGCUGUAAACGAGGCUAAUCAGAGAGUAAAAAAAGUCACUAUUCCUUCGUCAAAUAUAAUUGGUAACAGCGCGACACCCUGGCACCAUCCAGGUAGUUCACCUUCCAGUCUAUCUUCCGGUGGAUCCGUCAGCCCACCUGCUGUUGAUCCUAGCCCAUCCAAAACAGAUACGAGUGAAGUUUGGUUGCCUCCUCAUCCAAGCGACUUUGGUUUAGGUGAGAAGAAGUCUCAUUUUUGGCAGAAUGCCCCAGUCACAGAUUGGUCGAAGGAACAAGUGUGUCAGUGGUUAUCGGGAAUCGGUUUGGAGCGUUAUUCGCCGCGCUUUUUGGAAACUGGAAUUAACGGCGGUAACCUUUUACGGCUUGAGUCCCGGGACCUCAAAGCUUUUGGUAUUUACGGAGAAGAGAAAUCCCAUUUGAAACGGAAAUUAAAGGAACUUAGAGCACAAGCGGACCGGGAACGCAAGGAAAGAAAAGAAAUUGAACGAAUGCGGCGAAAAGCAGAGAAGGCUGCAAGGAAAAAAUAGUUUGUGUAUACAAUUAUGUAUUUGUGUCCUUCGUGAAAUGCAAUAAUAUUGCACAAAAAGUCGGUGACAUAUGGAAAUCUUGUGUAUGAUAUUCCAGUGAUGUCUGUAAUGUAUUUUUCAAUUCUUCCGUCUGUAUUUAAUUCGCUAGUGCGUAUAAGCAGUCACAGUUAAGUAAAUGUUCUUGUUCGGAUUUCUCUAUCCGAAAUCUUAAACAUUAAUUAUUUAUACUGAGUUAUCAAAUUUUUAUCUUUACAUUUUUGCAUUUAUUUAUGAUCCUUGUAUUCGUGUUGCUUCGUUAUUCUUGUAGUAUUUGUAUUAAUUAUUAAUAUUUAUGAAGCGACAAUGAAUACAGUUCAAGGAAAGGGUAUGUAUGUGAAAACAUGACCCCGUUAUGCCAGACGUAUGCAAGUGAUAUGUAUUGUAUAAUAUUCAAGCCAUUUAGAUAAAUUGUAAUAAAACUUUGAUUAUAUAGUUUUUUUUUUUUUUUUUUUUAUACUUGUAAGUAUAUACUUUAUAAUGGUAUCUGUUUUAUGUUACUAGAAUAUGUUGUUUCUUGUAUUUAUUUUUAUUAUCGAUUUGAUUCGUGUAAUAACAAUUUCAUGUCGUAACAGAUAAUACAAAUGCUAGAGAAAUAGGAUAUUAGUGUAACUAUUACUGGAAGAAAGUGACUGUCCUUUAGUAUGUACAUCAUUGAACUGUCAACGAAUUUGUAAUUAUCAAUACGGUGUGUGUUAUAAAUUUCAUUGUAGAUCGAUCAAACUAUAAAAUAACUAUAUUCAUCUGUAUUUAUUCCAUUUAAAUUUGCUCAGACUAUAUUUCACGACACUAACAAGUUAUCGCAUUUCUUUUAUCUAUAUAAAAUGAAGUAUUGUCAUCAUACAUCAACAUCAUAUUAUACCACCGUUUUCUAUGUAUUAAAAUUUUUUUUCUUUUAAAUCAUGCGAAAUUUGUAUUAUGCGUAUCAAAUGAUAGAAAUCUGCACAACGUCGAUUUUAUUGCGACUAUAAUUUUUAAGUUAUGUGAUGAAUUUUCUUCGGCGUUUUGUAUACUUUAGACAUUCCAUGCGAUUUUAUAAUUUUAUCUUUAUUAACACAAGUAGAACAAACACUGCGGAAGCUUUUAUGCUUCGAGCAAUGUCCCUAUGCAUACGUGGAUAUACUGCGAAUACAUUGUGUAUUAAAUAAUGUAUGUGAAUACAAGAUUAGUAACCAAACGAGAACGCGUACUGAAUGUUCAUUCAAGUAAUUACGGGACCCGCUUGGGUAUAACGUAGACGAACGUACCUUAUCGUACGUAUACUUAUUUAUAAUAAUGUUAAUGGUUUUGUAUAAUGUUAAAUACUUUGUUUUUCUCUUUAUAUCGUUCUUUUCAAGAAGAACGUUUCUUUCACACGGAGCAAUUAAACGUGCAAAGUAUUUGACAUUGAUACAUAUUGUACAUAUUACACAAUGAACGAUCACUAAUAUUGUAAUCUACAAGAACAUGAGUAUGACGUGAGGCGUGUAAGAGGCAUAACUAUAGUGUCAUAAUAUCUUUAUAGAGAAUAGUUUUUCAUUUUCUAACUUAAGCGUUUAUCAAAGGUCCUCCAUUUUUUAACAGUACUAUGUAUCACGAUAUCUUAAAAGCAAUUAAUACUUGUUAUUUCUGUUGUUAUAUACAACGAAAUGUGGGAACUGAACUCGAAAGAUACAACAAAUCGUUGAAAAAAAAAGAAACUCUUGCGUCUCAGGGUAAAUCUUAAUAUGUUUCGAAACUUGUAUGUUCGACGAACAAAAAAAAAAAAAUUCUCAAGGAUCAGAACGUCCUGCAAUUCGUUUUAAAGUAAUAUUGCAAACUUGAAGGAGCAGACGUUUGAUAAAAACUGACUGAUUUACGAUAAGUUUUUGUAGUUGAUUUUCAACGAAUGGCUUAGGUAUGCGACUUAACGAAGCAAACACUUGUCCAAAAGUAAUAGUCUAGCCCAAGAACCAAAACUUUUACAUCUCUAUGGAACUACAUGGUAUCUGAAUGUUUUUCAUACGUUUUUUCGGUAAUUUUAAAUUAUUGCACACGGGAGAGAAAAAUUAUGGUUCCAUGGAUAAGAACGAAAUAUCACAGUUGCGUGAACGGCAGCUUUUUAAUAAUUACUAUGAAAAGUAUUGUCAACAAAUACUCUUAAACGUUUUAAUUAAAAGUAAUUCAUACAAUACACUCGUAGUUUGUUUUUUUACCUAAUAAAUUAUACACCGAGGAAAAUUUCAAUUGUAUUGUACAUGUAUAUGUAUCUAAACCAUAGACUUUAAAUACAAUAAUAGAAACCUUA